AUGCAAGAUAAUACAGCUGCUGUAGAAGAGGAAAAACCCUCAUCUUCGGCCAAGAAAUUGCUGAAUCAUUGGAACACUUGGAAAGCAAUGAGGGUGAUCCUCAGUUACUUGUUUACAUUCCUUGAGUAUCCACUUUUGUUGUUUUAUGUGUUAUCUUCAGGACAUGAGUUUAAAGAAUGCGUAAACAUGAAAUGGAUGGGGACAGGGAGAUCCAUUGUGAGUUUGACGGGAUACUGUUGGACUACUCACGGCAACGUGCCACGCCUGAAACCUGGGAAAUUGGCAGAGGUGGGGUUGGCCCAUUCGUAA